GCUGCUCUUUUUGCAAUUAGAAACAUCCUCUGUACCUUUUGUAAUAAUAAAAAGUUGAACAUGUAUAUCGAUAUAAAUAUCGAGCUUUGGCUACACUGUUUUAUAAUUUUAUCUUUUUGCUAUUUUAUUAUGAAAGUGAGUUUUCAUAAUCGGUUGAAUUCUGUUAAUGUUUUCAAAUUUGCUUUGAAACGUAUUGGACGAUUCUAAAUAAAAAUAAACUAAUUCAAGAUGGCUGCCGUUACACGUUUACUGAGGCCAAACCUACGUAAUAAAAAUAAGAAGGUGUUCGUAUUCCGUUCGAUAACAUCAAACUUGACGCGUGAAGAGAGUGAGCAAGAGAAUGAGUUCCGAGUGCUUAAUUUGCGUUCUGUCCAGCAACGAGAUGCGAAAAAACGUCAAUACAAAAAGGCUGAUGUACCACCACCACGUACACAUAAGAUGGCAACGGAUCAAGAUUGGAGUGCUGUUUGGCCAGCGCCUCGUUCCUUUCAUCCCGCAUCGGUUCCAUUACCGAUUCGCCAAGGUUAUGCGGAAAAAGGAAGUGCUCCGUCAAAGUUCGCUAAUGCUGAACUUAUGAAAAUUCCAAACUUUUUGCAUUUGACGCCCCCAACUGUUAAGCAACAUUGUGAAGCCCUUAAAAAAUUUUGUAAUCCUUGGCCAAAAGGUUUGGAAACCGCUGAAAAAUGGAAAAAUCACUUUCCCAUUGAUAUUGUCACCACCGAUUAUUGUCAAGCUUCGCCUACAAUACGUAAUCCUGAGGCAAGACGCGUUAAGCUAUCUAUAAAAUUGAGUGAUCUAAAGUUCGAUGCCCAUGCUAAAGAUAAAUUUUUGCGAUUAGUUGGUGAACAUUAUAAUCGUGACACUGAUCUUGUCACAAUCGUAACUGAUCGUUGCCCUUUACGUAAACAAAAUUACGACUAUGCAAUGUAUUUAUUAACGGCUUGCUAUCACGAAUCAUUUACCACCGAAUCGUGGGAGGCAACCAAAUCGGAAGCCGAUAUGGAAUACUAUCAUUAUGAUCGUAACAAAUCUAAAGAGUCGGUAGAGGCCAUUAUCAAUUGGGGUAGGACACCUGCUACAGCAAAUGACAAAUUAAAGGCUACAAAUGGUUUUAUUAGCAGUCUCGAACAACUCAUAAAUGAAGGUGAAAACGAGUACAAUUUAAAUAAGUACAAAGAAGAGGUCAUCAAAAUGUUAAAUAUCGGUGGAAAAGUUAAAUAGGCUGUAUUGUCAAAUUUAUUAACAACUUACAUUAGAAAUUGCAAAGACAUAUGCUUAUCUAAAUACAAAAUUUACUAAAAAUAAGCAAACUUUCUAAUCAAAUUAAUUUUUAUGUGAGUGACUGCUACUUUUGCCAGCAAGAGCGAACACAAAUGUCAACUUGUCUGUCAAUGUUUAACCAGGCGAAAAUAGUUUAACAUAUAAAAGCAAUAUGUUCAAGCGGUUGCAAGUGAACUUAAAGACAACAAACGAAUCGCAAAAUGCGGCAGUACCAUAUAUUAAUUUUAUUUUCACAAAUUGCAUUGCAUUUCAAAGUAAAAGAAGCAUAUAGUGCAGCAAAUAUAGACUUACAAGUAAAUAAGUCUUUAGUUUUACCUUUUGUUUUGAAGGCAAACGUACAGGGACUUAUGGAUCAGAGAUAUAAAUCUCAUUAUACACAGCAGGAUAAUAGAUCAGACCGAGAUCGGCAUCAUUACAACAAUGACGUUAAAAUGACUUCAAAUACAUCAAGGACUGGCAAAUAUCAAAACGGAGAAAAUAACUGGAAGCGAGUAGAAGCGUACACAAGCCCAAUACAGACGUAUAAUAACAUACCUCUUGGGCCAUACGUAGCAGGGAGCGAUCGCUGGAUUAAUUAUCAUAAUCUUUUGCCACAUACUAUU